AUGUACACAUGGUUGAAAAAGUGCAGUCAACGCGUGGCAUCGAAAAAACUAGAUGUUAAAUUUUAUUCUGAUAAUUUUACAAAAUGUGACAUUAAAACGAAUAAUCGUCAACCAAGAACCUUUAAUGAUAUUCCCGGACCAAAAUCUUUACCAAUUAUUGGAACGCUUUACAAGUAUCUACCGUUUAUUGGUGAAUACAGUUUUACAAAUUUAUAUGAAACUGGCAGAAAAAGGCUGAAACAAUUUGGUCCGCUGGUACGCGAAGAAAUAGUACCUAAUGUAAACGUUAUAUGGGUUUUUAGACCGGAGGAUAUAGCAGAGAUUUUUAAAGCAGAAUCAGGUUUAUACCCGGAGAGAAGGAGUCAUUUAGCACUUUUAAAAUAUCGAAAAGAUCGUACCGAUAUAUACAACACUGGUGGUUUAUUACCCACAAAUGGACCAGAAUGGUGGAGAUUACGAAAAGAGUUUCAAAAAGUUACUAGUAAACCUCAAGAUGUGAUUAAUUAUUUAAAAGAAACAGACGAGGUCAUCCAGGAAUUUAUUGAAUUAUGUACUAAUGAAAAAUUUGAAGACUUAUUACCUCUUUUAUCACGCUUGUUCCUUGAAUGUAAUGUGUAACAUGUUUGGUUGUUUUUGAUGUAAGACUGAAUAGUUUCUCGAAAGAAGAAAGAUGUGAAAAUUCUACAAGCUCCAAGUUAAUCAAAGCUGCUUUUACAACAAAUAGUGUAAUUUUAAAGUUGGAUAAUGGAUUGCAAUUAUGGCGUUUCUUUGAAACACCAUUAUAUAGAAAAUUACGUAAAGCACAGGCAUACAUGGAAAUGGUUGCAUUAAAAUUGGUAUCUCAAAAAAACAAAGAUACAACUGGACAUAAAUCAUUUUUAAGUGCCUAUUUAAAAAACCCUGCUCUGGACAUUAAAGAUGUUGUGGGCAUGGCUUGUGAUAUGUUACUUGCUGGUAUAGAUACUACAACCUAUAGCACAGCUUUUGCUUUGUAUCAUCUAGCAAGAGAUCAAGAUAUACAAGAAAAAUUGAGAACUGAAGCCACACAGUUUUUAACUUAUCAUGAACCAAUAACAGCAGAUGUGUUAAGAAGUGCUUCAUAUACCAAAGCUAUUAUUAAAGAAAGCUUACGACUAAAUCCUAUUUCUAUAGGAAUAGGUCGUAUAUUGCAAACUGAUACUAUUCUUAAUGGUUAUCAAGUACCUAAAGGGACUGUUGUUGUAACACAAAAUCAAAUUAUUUGUCGUCUUCCUGAAUACUUUCAUGAACCCGACUUGUUUAUGCCAGAAAGGUGGUUACGUGAACAUUCAAAAAGUGCCAAUAAAAUAAAUUAUGGAAAAUCGAUACAUCCAUAUAUAUCAUUACCUUUUGGUCAUGGUCCUAGGUCUUGUAUUGCUAGGCGUUUUGCAGAGCAAAAUAUGCAAGUAUUGUUGUUAAGGAUAUGUCAACGGCUUAAAAUUUCUUGGUAUGGAGGUGAACUUGGAAUGAAGUCUUUGUUAAUUAAUAAACCAAAUGCCCCGUUAAAAUUCAAGUUUCAUGAAAUCUCAAAAACUAAUUCUACUUGA